AUUAAUUACCAUGGCCGUAAAAUUAAAUUUAUCGAUGAAAGGACAAGAGACAUAAACAACCAAGAACAUGGAACUGCGACCACUUCCAGUUGACGAGGAACUAAAACAUUUAUUCACAGAAACUCUGGUUCCAGAUGAUAUGGUGGACUUAACUCUUGUUGGAGAUUCGUAUGCUUACUUAGCUAGCCUGCCAAGACCAGUCUGCGAUGAAACGGCUACAAAAGGACUGCAAAUCAAGAUGCAUCCUCCUAGUCAAAGACUGGUGACAGUCUACUAUGAAAGUAAAGACAAGAGCUUCAGAUUACUGAGAAAUGAUUGGGCUGCCAUUGCCAAGGAGAGUGGUUUUGAAGCUGGUGACAAGAUUGCUUGUUGGGCAUGCAGCCAUGGCCUUGGUGGUGACUUCAGUUUACUAAUCGAGAAGGUUACUAGUGACAUUGAAUGUGGAUGAUGAUCGGGGCUGAAGACGACAGCGAGUCGUGAGUUGUUGAUGAUAUUCUACGA